GGCUUUUUCUUUUUUUUUUUUGAUUAUCUAGGCAUUAUGUACUAAUUUUGGUAAAAUUUUCGAUAAACAAUUCAACUAUUCAGCCGAGUGGGUUGUUCAUUGCUAGACAGUUAAUCGCAAAGCUGCAAAAGCUGGCGUGAUCGUACAUGGUCUGCCACUGAUGCAAACGUUAUUGAUCUAGGCUUGAAGAUGUUCAGAUCUUUGACACUGUAAGUUAGACAAGCCCUUCUGGAGUAAGCUAUACAAGCAUCCCUGGCAACGAUGUAAGUUAGUCAAGCCUUUCUAUUAAGCAAGAGUCAUGGUGCCCACCAUGGUUGAAUGCAUAACACCGUACAAAAGGGAAAAUGAAUAUGCGAAUAACCUCUUAUCUCCAUUCGCUCAAAUACACUACAGAGACAUGAAUGGUGCUACGGAGACUCCUUCGAACAAUCUAGGCAGAGUUUCAAUAAAGUGCUGCCACCGAGCUCGACCAAGAAGAAUAAACCGAAAACAAGCAAGACUAACGGAGAACUCAAAGAUGUACUAGUAAAGGAAUUACGGAUAAGUUUAUGGACACAAGGAUAUCACAAACGAAUAUUUCACUAAUGAAUAAACACCGGGGGUCAAUUAGCGAAAUGCCAUGUCUAAUAUCUUCCAUCAGUACCUCUCCCAUUAUAUCUAAUCACAUUCACUGGCUGUUUUAGCACUGGUGGAGCAUUAAACUCCGUGAAAAGCUCGAUUCUUCUUCGCUUUUUUUGCAAUCCAAACCGUUUAACUUAUACUUUUUUAUAUUUGUUUUGUAGCCAUCCCUUUUGCGCAUAUAAAUGGACUACUGUUACCCUGUUAUAUCAUAUGGAAUACGUCCGAUAGUCGAUAUUAGCC